CCCACCCCCGUAGUUUUUCCAGUACUUGAGCGAAAUGUGGAUGAAACAUGUGGGCUCUAAACACCCCAAUAAAAAUCACUUAACCUGUCAGUCAGUCAGGAGCCCCUUCCUUUACCUGGCUGCUGCUCCCCAGUCCUCGGAGUAGAGAAUAUGUGAAGUUUGAUAUUACAAAACCGGGGGGGGGGGGGGGGCUUUUUAUUGAGCGUGUGUCUGCUGGGGGGUGAGGUUUGGUCAGGUUAGAUUAUUACAUAGACCCGGAUGAUACUUGGGAAUGUUCUGAUGCCCUAUGAGAGGAAGGGCUGGUGUCUGGAAAUGCCCCCCCCCCUUUUUUUUAAAGAGGGCAGUGGGGAAGACAGGUGACAGUUGAUAUUUAUUUAGCAGUGGGAGUGUUUCUGGUACAGUGUAUAGUAAACUGAUGCUUAAAGGGUAAAUUGUGCUCCAUGCUCUGAGCCUGAGAUGACCCAUGUCUGGGAAAUAUGUGGCUUUCCUUCACAAUUACAUUCAUUUUAUUGGGUUUUUUUUAAUAUCCGAACUUGAUACCAUUUGUGUGUGUGUACCUUCCUUUGUGUGUUUUCUAGUUACUUUACCUGAGCAUUUAGGCUGCACUAUUCUCCAUAUGCUUAUAUCAUGAUGUUAUAGGAGCAGGCUGAGUAAAUAUUACUAUCUGAAUCUCACAUUGUAGUGGCAUUUCUGUGGGGAAUUUAUAGAUUUACAUUUAAAUCAUUCAAGAUUGUAAACUCACAUAACAAAGAUGUUGCUGCCAAGUCUCCAUUUAUCUGCACUGAUGUUGUCAUGAGAUUGAUGAUAUUUGUAACUUCUUUUGUGCUGCAAACCUUGUAGAUACUUGAAAGUUGCCUGAUGAUAGAAGGUUGCUUCAGUGAAGUAGUCCUCAGUGUAUGGUUUACUGUAGUAAAUAUACUUACCUGUGUCACUAACUUUUAAAAAAUAUUUUAAUUCUAAUAAUCUAAUUUGCUAUUUUGCCAUUUAGUCCAUUUAUUUUCUCUUUGCAAAUCACUGUGCUUGGCCAAACACCUGGCCAAAGUUUAUUUUCUGUCUGUAAUUAGUGUUCCUUUCUGGUUGGCUUGCAUUAGUACAAUGCUGUUGUAUUUUUGGGUUUGUAAUCUUGCAAGGAAGACUUUUAUGUAUAUUCCCAUGAUUUUUUUUAAAAUAUGAACAUAUAAGUUUUAGUCCAGCCUCCAUCCUUUCUUAACAAAACUAGAAUUUGAGUGUAAACAAUGUAGAAUGUCUUUUUAAAUAUCUUGUCCUGUUUAAGCUGUCCAUUCAUAAUAAGCUGUUUGUAUUUAAUUUUUAAAAAUUAAAAUAUAUCUCAAAGUACUCCUUUUGCCUCGGUACCAGAAAAUCAUUUAAUAGUUAAACUACAACUGAAAAUGUUUACCCUUGUCCUUUGUGACUUUCUACUUAAUGCAGUUUGAAACAAUGUAUAAAAUCCCCUAAGUAUGGGCUUCUGCCAGGACCUUAACUGGUAAAAUGCUAUAAUAUAUGGUGAAAGAAAGCACAGUACUCCACUGAUACUGUACACAGAGUUAGAGUAAAAGAUGUUGAGAUUAAGCAGUUGAGAGAGGUAUGUGACAGUUCUGUCCUGACCUAAUACAAGUGAAAGAUAGAGAUUGUUGUUGUUGUGCCUGAACUGUGAAUGUUUUAUGAUAAAGGCCGGCAAAAAUGACGGUAACAUUAGUAUAUAGUGUAUAUUUGAAAAUCUUUCUUGGCAUUAGUCAUGGUUUUACUAAACAAGUUUGAGGCUUCAUAUCGGUAACGUCUGAAUGUAAUGGCUCAUUGCAAUCUGAUUUAUAUUUGAUGAAUGAAAAUACUGAUGAUUUUAAGCACAGUGAUUAGCCCAAAUGAUACUUCUCUAACUGAUACAGAGAGAGGAAAUGCAGAUCAAUCAUUAUUCGUAGGAUUUAGUCCCGUGUUGUUUUUUCCCCCAGAAUCCUUGACCUUGAAGAUGGUGAGUAGCCAGCCAAAGUACGAUCUAAUACGGGAGGUUGGUCGUGGUAGUUAUGGUGUGGUGUAUGAAGCAGUCGUCAGGAAGACCUCUGCGCGGGUUGCAGUGAAAAAAAUUCGGUGUCAUGCUCCAGAGAAUGUGGAACUAGCUCUACGUGAGUUCUGGGCACUGAGCAGUAUCAAGAGCCAGCAUCCAAAUGUUAUCCAUCUGGAGGAGUGCAUCUUACAGAAAGAUGGUAUGGUGCAGAAGAUGUCCCAUGGUUCCAGUUCUUCCCUUUAUGUACAGCUUGUAGAGACCUCAUUAAAAGGAGAAAUAGCCUUUGAUCCCAGAAGCGCCUAUUACCUUUGGUUUGUGAUGGAUUUCUGUGAUGGAGGAGAUAUGAAUGAGUACCUGCUAUCCCGAAAGCCCAGCCGCAAGACCAACACCAGUUUCAUGCUUCAACUCAGCAGUGCCCUGGCUUUCCUUCACAAAAAUCAAAUUAUCCAUCGUGAUCUCAAACCUGACAACAUUCUGAUCUCACAAAGCAGAAUGGAUGCUAGUGACUUGGAACCCACUCUGAAAGUAGCUGAUUUUGGGUUAAGUAAGGUAUGUUCAGCCUCAGGACAGAACCCUGAAGAGCCUGUCAACGUAAAUAAAUGUUUUCUUUCAACAGCAUGUGGGACUGACUUCUACAUGGCCCCUGAAGUCUGGGAAGGACAUUACACUGCAAAAGCAGACAUUUUUGCAUUGGGAAUUAUAAUUUGGGCAAUGUUAGAAAGGAUCACCUUCGUAGACACUGAGACUAAGAAAGAACUUUUGGGAAGCUAUGUGAAGCAAGGGACAGAGAUUGUGCCAGUUGGGGAGGCACUUCUAGAAAACCCCAAAAUGGAACUUCUCAUCCCUGUAAAGAAAAAAUCUAUGAAUGCCCGUAUGAAGCAGCUGAUUAAGGAAAUGCUGGCUGCCAACCCACAAGACCGUCCUGAUGCUUUUGAACUAGAACUCAGAUUAGUCAAAAUUGCUUUUAAAGACAGCAGCUGGGACACGUGACCUCCAAUACCCAUAAUCCUCUCAACAGAGCUGCUUCUGUUUUUUAACAAUGGUGCAGUGCAGCCUUGUGGCAACAAAAAACAAAACAAACCUGAAAUGAGAACUUCAGUGUUUAGUUUUUACCAACUGAAUUUCUUUUGAUUUGCGUAAAUUAAAGUAAAUUUGAGUUGGCCAUUUUGUUAUAAAUACAUUUAUAUGUGUAUUACCAAGAUGUUAUACUCAAGUGUGGAUGUAAAGAUGAUCAUUUAUAUAAGUUGGCCAAAAAAAUUCAUGCUUUGAGAUGUUCUUGCUUUUCAGAAAUAUGUUAUGGAAUAUUGCAGACAUUCCAGUUUCCUAUCACAGUAUUAGGAACUCCCAUGGAAGAGGAGGUUUGCAUGCUGGUAAUGCAACCCCUUGUACUUUGUAAAGUAAAUCUAUGUGUAUAUAUUUAUGCAUAUGUGAGUGACUGAGCGUGUGAGUUUGCAUUCCAUACAGAGAAAAUGCCACUUUUGUUUAAAUUAUUUGGUGUGAAUCUGGGUGAUUGGGAUCUGUGAAGAAAAUAAAUGAAAAGCCUACUUCCCUCCCCACUCCCAAAUGAAUUGUGUUUUUUACAUUUUUAUUUUUAUAUCCUAUAAAUGUAAACAAAAAAAGGCCUAAAACUUGACUUUAUAGACAAAAAUGCAAUGCAAAGGGAUCAGAAGAUUUAAAGGUGCUGAGAUGUUUCUUAGCUGAGCACUUACCACCUAGUAAGGUUGUAGCUGAGGGAAUCAAAUUACAGACUUAUGUAAUCAUGUGCUAGCUUGUUCCUUAGAUCAUUAAUUAUUCUAUUUCAUUUUAUUUGGCUAACCAAAUACUCUAACACCUUAGGCUACAGUUUCCUAACAUGCCUGCACUUGUGCAUCUAUAAUCCAGUAGCAACUAAGCACUUUCGGUUUGUGAACUUGGUUUAUGAAAAUGUAGAUAAAAUAGUACUCUAAGACUCUUCCUCCUCCCCCCGCCAAAAAAAAGACUGAAACACAAUUUUUCUGUGCCCUUUUGUCUGUUACCCAGAUCUGUUAGUCACUUGUGCUUCCUUUCUUCUUGGCAUUGAUGCAGUUAUGUCACUUAAUGUGAUCGUGCUGUGGGGAUGAUUUUCUUAAAUGGUGAGCAUCUCCAUUUUCAAAUGUGGGAGAGAAGUCCUAAAAUUCAGUGUGUGAAUGAAAUAUUGCAGCUUCAGUUAAACCUUUCAUGUGGAAAACUUUAACCAAUCUUUGCAUUGUUUCUCUACAUAUUAAGAGGUAGUGUUUUAUUCCUUUUUGAUUUGAUUUUUAAUCCUGGGUGGUAAAUCUAAAAGUUUUGAAAUAGUACAAGGCUUUUAAUCCAUCUUCACAAAAACUGAUUCAUAUGUUAAUGGAGAACUUCCAUGAAGAGUGCAUUCUAGGGUAGACGAAAACAGCUUUGCAGUAGUGUCAUGAACACUAACUAGCUCAGGUGCAUGAUCUUACUUGUUUACCCUUUAAAUUAUCAUAAUUGGGGGAGGAGACCUGAGACUAAAUUUACUCAUCCAAAUGUCUUGUCUGAUUGGUGAGUAAAAUCUUAAAGUUGCAGUGGGCUUUUAAACAACUUUUUUACAAAACCAAGUUCACAAAAUUUUUAGAACUUUCAAAAUGAAAUACUUCUCAUUUGGGAUUAAACAUUCCCCUGGAAUGCUUGCAAUCCAAACAUUGCACCCUAGUGGUGCUGUGUAAACAUCAGAAAGUGAAACUGACCAGUCAGUGUUUACUGUCCCCAUGAAUGAAGUGAAGUGAACGCUUACCACAAAUGAAAAGUACAGUUUGUCGCUCCUAAAACAAAACAGGAAGGGACCAUGAAGCAAGGUUAUUGGUCACUUUUCUAAACUUUUAGGAAUUUGAAAGAGCCAGUUGUAUUCUGUCCUUGCACAGUGUAGUGUGGUGUAGCGGGUUAGCAGGGAACAAGGAACCCUGGAUUUUAUUUUUGACUCGCUUUGUCACCAUAGGCAAGUUAUUUAACUUCUGUCUCUCUCAAUGAGUAUACUUCCAUGUUUCAAAGGUGUAUUGUAUGGCUUAUUGGUUCUAAAGCAUUUAGAAAUCUGAAGAUGCUAUAGAAAUGCAAGAUGGCAAUAGAUUUCAGGAAAAGAUGUAUUGUCGUGUUGAGAUGUUGAUAGAACACAUUGGGCCAGAAUCUUAGCUGGUAUAAAUGGGCGUAGAUUUCAUUAGUGCUUUGCUGAUUUAUACCAACUGAAAAUUGGCCCCGGUCAUCUUGAGCAGACUUAUCGUGAUGUCACUGUCUUUCUUGCAUGUGACUUUGUCUAUAAAGGUAAGGUUGGAAUUUAAACUUUAUAAUUAAUAAAUGGAACUUAUUGGAAGUCAUCUCUUCAUUCUGUUAAUGUUUUGUAAAUUGAAUCAGUACACCAGAAGCCCCAGCUUGCCUUUAAAGACAAGGUCACAGUGCAAGGAGGAAGGUAAAGCUGUGACUGUGUGCGCAGUGGUACUGCACAAUGUGUUAGUAACAUUCCAACACUGAAAAGUUGAUGCUUUUUUGAGGGUUAUGUAAGAUGAAAGAUCGUGCCCUGCUAGAACGACACUCUUGAAGAUUUUAAAAAUAUCAAAAUACCAAAGCAGGGAUACUAGUCUGUUCACUAAUGUACCCUAAAAUGUUGUUCUGUCUUGGAAUAAUAUUUAGCACUUACCUUCUUUGUGAAUCAAUUAAUCUCUUCUGAAGAGUUUCAAAGGAUAACAGUGAACCUGCUUCUUAACUUUUGUUGAGAAAUUAAUUUAAAGCGAUAGUUAAUGGAUCAUACGGUAGAACUGUUGAUUUCCCAAAGUGUUUCUUUGCACUGAUUGCCACUUUAAAGGCUGGGGGGUACCUAUAAGACCCUCGCAUGGUGCUUAGCCUAGUGGUGGUGGUGAAGCUGAGUGUUUCAUUGGUUAACACUGAAUGAUAGUCCUUGAGGUCUCUGGUUUUUGUGUGAUUUUGUUGGUCUGGUUUGUUGUUGGGUUUUUUUUUUUUUUUAAUCUUUGAUGUAAAACCUUUGAUCAAACUAUUGUAGCAGCUACAAAAUAAUUCACCAGCAUGACACAAAGGUCAAGAUAUUCAUCAGCACUUCAGAAAGAGAAGACUUUCUAAUCUUUCUUUAAAGUUGUAAAAUAUAUUUUAUGAAGAAUUUAUAAAGGCAGAAAAUUAUUGUGUAAUUUAUUAAGUUCAUGAUUGUUUUGAAAUAAAAUUGGAAUUUAAAUGAAA